ACGAGAUUGCUCACUCUCACCUCCGAACGAAAAGCAGUGAAGUUGAAAUACGUAACCUAACAAGGAAUUUGACACUUUGAAGAUUAUUCCUGGAUUCGGCCACUGUCUUUACCCGGUCUAAACGCCUUCUCGCAUCAUUUUACUUGAAGGUAAAGCGUUUCUGGGGGCACCAAGCGAAGGAUUCGGAUUAUGAUUUGGGGUCCCGAACAGGGCUGAGAGUGAGACGUCUUACCCGGUCCCCUCGGUGCAAUCUGUGUCUUGACGUGGCGCUGCCCGCCAUGUUGUUUUGCUUCGUUGUCAAGCGCGCACGCGCGCCCGUAUACGAGCAGCCUCAACUUCCAACUUGUCCUCGCCCGCAGCGGCCGAACACGUCCGUAGCGAGCGCGUCCGUGGCUGAAUACAGUGGUGAGUGUCCGAGCCCAAGGCGCGUUGCCAUGGCGACCUUCCCGGAGUACAUCGCCCAGAACGAGGAGCGCGACGGCGUCCGCUUCAGCUGGAACGUGUGGCCGUCCAGCCGCCUGGAGGCCACGCGCAUGGUGGUGCCCGUCGCCGCCCUCUUCACGCCCCUCAAGGAGAGACUCGACCUGCCGCCCAUCCAGUACGAGCCGGUGCUGUGCAGCCGGGCCACCUGCCGCGCCGUUCUCAACCCGCUCUGCCAAGUGGACUACCGGGCCAAGCUGUGGGCGUGUAACUUCUGCUACCAGAGGAAUCAGUUCCCGCCUUCCUACUCGGGAAUCUCCGAAGUCAACCAGCCGGCCGAGCUGCUGCCUCAGUUCUCCACCAUCGAGUACGUGGUCCAGCGAGGCCCCCAGAUGCCGCUGGUCUUCCUGUACGUGGUGGACACGUGCAUGGAGGAGGAGGACCUGCAGGCCCUGAAGGAGUCCCUGCAGAUGUCCUUGUCCCUGCUGCCCCCGACGGCCCUGGUGGGUCUGAUCACCUUCGGCCGCAUCGUCCACGUGCACGAGCUCGGCUGCGAGGGGAUCUCCAAGAGUUACGUCUUCAAAGGGACCAAAGACCUCGGCGCCAAGCAGCUGCAGGAGAUGCUGGGCCUGGCCAAACCUGUGGCCUCCUCCCAGGGGCGAGGACCGCAAGCCCCCCAACAGCCGCAGUGCAACAGGUUCCUGCAGCCCGUCCAGAAGGUGGACAUGAACCUGACUGACCUGCUGGGGGAGCUCCAGCGAGACUCCUGGCCUGUGGUCCAGGGGAAGAGGCCCCUGCGCUCCUUGGGCGUGGCCAUGUCCAUCGCUGUCGGCCUGCUGGAGUGCACCUUCCCCAACACGGGCGCACGCAUCAUGACCUUCAUCGGGGGGCCGGCCACGCAGGGUCCCGGCAUGGUGGUGGGGGACGAGCUCAAGACCCCCAUCAGGUCUUGGCACGACAUUGAAAAAGACAACGCCAAGUUCAUGAAGAAGGCCGCCAAGCAUUACGAGUCGCUGGCUAGCAGGGCAUCCGCUAGCGGUCACGUGAUGGACAUCUACGCCUGUGCGCUAGACCAGACUGGACUUCUGGAGAUGAAGUGUUGCGCCAACAACACAGGCGGCUACAUGGUGAUGGCUGACUCGUUCAACACGUCAUUGUUCAAGCAAACCUUCCAGAGAGUUUUCUCCAAAGACGUUCAAGGCUCCUUCAAGAUGGCCUUCGCCGCCACGCUGGAAGUCAAGACGUCCAGAGAGCUGAAAGUGUCCGGCGCCGUCGGACCCUGCGUGUCCCUCAACGCCAAAGGACCUUGCGUAUCCGAAAAUGAGAUCGGCAGCGGGGGAACGUGUCAGUGGAAGAUGUGCGCUUUGGACCCCGACACCACGCUGGCGCUCUACUUUGAGGUGGUCAACCAGCACAACGCUCCCAUCCCUCAAGGCGGCCGCGGAGCUCUGCAGUUCGUCACGCAGUUCCAGCACGCAUCGGGACAGAGACGCGUACGGGUCACCACCGUCGCCAGGAACUGGGCCGACGCGCAGACGCAGAUUCAGAGCAUCGCCGCGUCCUUCGACCAAGAGGCGGCGGCCGUCCUGAUGGCCAGGCUGGCGGUGUACCGCGCCGAGACGGAGGAGGGGCCCGACGUCCUCAGGUGGUUGGACAGGCAGCUCAUCAGACUGUGUCAGAAGUUCGGCGAUUACCACAAAGACGAUCCCAACUCUUUCAGGUUCUCGGAGACGUUCUCGCUGUACCCUCAGUUCAUGUUCCACCUGAGGCGCUCGCCCUUCCUGCAAGUGUUCAACAACAGCCCGGACGAGAGCUCGUACUACCGACACCAGUUCAACCGCCACGAUCUGACGCAGGCGCUCAUCAUGAUCCAGCCCGUCCUCUACGCGUACUCCUUCCAGGGACCACCGGAGCCGGUGUUGUUGGACAGCAGCAGCAUUCUCCCGGAUCGCAUCCUGCUCAUGGACACUUUCUUCCAGAUCCUCAUCUACCACGGAGAGACGGUGGCCCAGUGGAGGAAGGCGGGCUACCAGGAGAUGGCCGAGUACGAGAACUUCCGGCACCUUCUUCAGGCCCCGGUGGACGACGCCCAGGAGCUGCUGCACUCGCGCUUCCCCAUGCCCAGAUACAUCGACACCGAGCACGGCGGCAGCCAGGCUCGCUUCCUGCUCUCCAAAGUCAACCCCUCCCAGACGCACAACAACAUGUACGGCUGGGGUCAGGAGUCGGGCGCCCCCAUCCUGACGGACGACGUCAGCCUGCAGGUCUUCAUGGACCACCUGAAGAAGUUGGCCGUGUCCAGCGCCGCCUGAUGCCGGCGACGAGACCGACGCGUCUUCUCGUCGGCCAUCUUGCCGCCGCCGUCUUGUUUCCCUUUUCUCUGUUGUAAUAAACGUCGUGAAACUCGCAACUCUAGACCUUUUGGGCGACUUUCGUGGACCUCAUAGACCCGGAUGAA